UGCACUUCGCCGUCGCCAUUUUUCUUGUUGUGAUUUGCGUGAUACGCUGUCUUUACAGUUCUGGAAAAGUCUCUGAGAGAUUUUAUUAUUAAUCUUGUAUUUGAACAAAUAUCUUUUUAAGCUCAUUUUGAAAACAUGGCGCAGUACAAAGGCGCUGCCAGUGAGGCUGGCAGGGCCAUGCAGCUCAUGAAGAAGCGUGAAAAAGAAAGAGAGCAGCUGGAGCAACUAAAGCAGAAGAUUGCAGAGGACAACAUGGUCAAGUCCAACAUUGACAAGAAGUUCUCGGCUCACUAUGAUGCUGUAGAGGCAGAGCUGAAGUCCAGCACAGUUGGUCUGGUGACACUGAAUGAUAUGAAAGCCAAGCAGGAGGCGCUGGUAAAAGAGCGAGAGAAACAGCUGGCCAAGAAGGAGCAGUCCAAGGAACUCCAGCUCAAGCUCGAGAAGCAGAAAGAGAAAAAGAGAAAGGAGGAGCAGAAGAGGAAAAUAGCCAGCUUGUCAUUUAAUCCUGAGGACGAGGAAGAGGAGGAGGAGGAUGAAGAGGAAGAGCAAGACUAUCCAGUCAAGAAGAAAAAACUGGGGAAAAAUCCAGAUGUGGACACAAGUUUCUUGCCUGAUCGAGACAGAGAGGAGGAGGAGAACCGGCUCAGAGAGGAGCUCAGGCAGGAGUGGGAGCUCAAACAGGAGAAAAUUAAGAAUGAAGAGAUUGAGAUUACGUUCAGUUACUGGGACGGCUCUGGACAUCGGAAAACUGUCAAGAUGAAGAAAGGUAACACCAUUCAGAACUUCCUGCAGAAAGCCCUGGAAGUCCUCAGAAAGGACUUCAGCGAGCUCCGAUCUGCUGGAGUAGAGCAGCUGAUGUACAUUAAAGAAGAUCUGAUAAUCCCACAUCAUCACAGUUUUUAUGACUUCAUUGUGACCAAAGCCAGAGGCAAAUCAGGCCCUCUGUUCAGCUUUGAUGUCCACGAUGAUAUCCGAUUGGUCAAUGAUGCCACUGUGGAGAAAGAUGAGUCUCAUGCAGGGAAAGUGGUGCUGAGGAGCUGGUAUGAGAAGAACAAGCAUAUCUUCCCUGCUAGUCGCUGGGAGCCAUACGAUCCUGAGAAGAAAUGGGACAAAUACACGAUCCGAUGAGACGCCGAUGCUCCAUCGCUAUGUCCGGUCCUCGACGCAAAUAGUUGCUAAUUUCCAUCUUUACUUGUUCUAUUAUUUGUUUUAAUGUCAGUAUUUCUUUUCAACAUUUGAUUGGUUUUAUUUGAAAACAAAAAAUUUUGUGUACAUAGUUGAUUACUCCUAAACCUUUGUUGGAACAUCUGCUGAAUAAAAUGAACCUGGCUAACAC